UUCCCAGCCCUCCCUCUGUGCUCAGUCCAGAGUGGAGACCAAAAGAGGGCUGUGUGCCGGGUCCGAUGAGGAUGCUGCUGGUCAUCCUGGCGGCGGGAUCCCUAGUCGCUCACUUCGCUGAGGACACCUCAGAUCUUCUUCAGCACGUGAAAUUCCAGUCCAGCAACUUCGAAAACAUCCUGACGUGGGACAGCAGGCCGGAGAGUGCCCCAGACACCGUCUACAGUGUGCAGUAUAAGACUUAUGGAGAGACAGAGUGGCAGGCAAAGGAGGGCUGCCAGCGGAUCACCCGGAAAUCCUGCAACCUUACCAUGGAGACAGGCAACCUUACGGAUUUCUACUACGCCCGGGUCACCGCCAUCGACGCGGGAGGCCAGUCCGCCACUAAGAUGACCGACCGGUUCAGCUCACUGCAGCACACUAUCAUCAAACCACCUGAUGUGACUUGUAUCCCCAAGGUGAGAUCCAUCCAGUUGAUUGUCCAUCCCACCUACACGCCCAUCCACACGGGGAAUGGCCACCGGUUAACCCUGGAGGAGAUCUUCCAGGACCUGUUCUAUCACUUAGAUCUGCACAUCAACCACACCUACCAAAUGCACCUUGGAGGCAAGCAGAGAGAAUUUGAGUUCUUUGGCCUGACCCCUGACACGGAGUUCCUUGGGACCAUCGUGAGUUUAGUUCCAACCUGGUCCAAGAAGAGCAUCCCCUACAUGUACCGAGCGAAGACGCUGCCAGAUCAGACGUGGACCUACUCCUUUUCCGGCGCCUUCCUGUUCUCCAUGGGCUUCCUGGUCGCAGGGCUCUGCUACCUGAGCUACAGAUACAUCACCAAGCCGCCUCCGCCUCCCAGCUCCCUGGUGAGCAGGGGCCCCGGGGAGGAUGGAGAGACCGAGGGGAGGGCACGGGCCCCGGGACCCCGGCUCUCCCUCAUUUCUCCCUCCAACCUAAAGAUGUGGCUGGCAACUCCCCCGGUGUGCGGAAGAGAGCUAGGGAGAAGGAAGACAAGGCAUGGAAUAGAAAACCCACGUGGCUUCAAGGGGGCGCACGCCCCGUCUGAACCGGCAGCCCAGGAUGUCCAGCACGUACUGACCUUCCAGCCUCUGCAGUUCAUCCAGGAGCACAUCUUAAGCCCCGUCUUUGACCUCAGUGGCCCGAGCGGCCUGGCGCAGCCUGUCCAGUAUUCCCAAGUCAAGGUCUCCGGGCCCAUCGAGCCUCCAGGAGCCCCACCGCGACACAGCCUGUCUGAGGUCGCCUACCUUGGGCAGCCGGACCUCUCCAUCCUCCGGCCCUCUGGCGGGCCACCUCUCCAGACACUCCCCCCACUGCCCUAUGCCCCCCAGGCUGCCCCUGAGGGCGGGCCCCUGUCCUAUGCACCUCAGGUAACCCCCCAAACUAAACCCCCCUCCUACACUCCCCAGGCCAUCUCGGAGGCCCAGCCUCCUUCCUACACCCCUCAGGCCACUCCGGACAGCUGGCCUCCUUCCUAUGGGAUAUGCGGGGAAGGCUCUGGCAGAGACCCCCCACCUAUGACACUCUCUGGUCCCAAACACCUCGGAACCAAAGGUCAGCUCCAGAAAGAGGCACCAGCUGGAAGCUGCAGCCCAGGUGGCCUUUCUCUGCAGCAGGUGACCUCCUUAACUAUGGAGGACCCCCAAGAAGUAAAAUCCUUCCACCAGCAUCCGGGGGUUCACACGGACAGAGAACCUGACUCUGAUGUCGUACGCAGAGGAGAGCCAAGGACACGAAGCUAUGUAAAGGGCCAGCUGCCCCUCCUCUCCUCUGUCCAGAUCGAGGGUCACCCCGUGUCCCUCCCUUUGCAGACUCCUUCCCGCCCAUGUUCCCCCACAGACAAGGGUCCGAGUCCCUGGGGCUUGCUGGAGUCCCUCGUGUGUCCCAGUGAUGAGGGUCCAACAACCGAGACUGAGGCCCAGAGCCCAGGCCCUCGGGCCCCAGACCUGGAGUCGCCCAUGGAGCUGGACUCUCUGUUCAGAGGCCUGGCCCUGACAGUGCAGUGGGAGACCUGAGCGGGAACAGGGUGGGCCUGGGGCUUCUUCCUGUCCCCACCCUCACCUCACAUCCUUGGGCGUCACUCCUGCACCCAGCGGCGCUGCGCACUCUGCAGCCCAGCCCCGGGUGAAUGCCCUUGAGGAACCAGCAGAAGGAGGAUGCCGGACCCCUGCCGUGGCUGAGCUCCCUUUGGAGAAAAAGGCAUGAGAAGGGCUCCAGCCAGAGAAGUUACAGAAGUGCCUCAUAUACAAACGAGCGAGUGCAAAUGAGCACGUGCACGCCAAGUUCUGCAGGGCAGGACGGGCAGUCAGAGUGCAGGAGUUAACAUGGGGAACCUCCCGGAGAUCCAGGGCCCAGGAUCCUAAUACGCUGGCCGCAAAGUUCUCCAUGAGCCUACCUCUCUUCAUUCCCGGCCACUUGCAUAAUCUAGUUCAGCAGCGUGAGGCCUCUGCCUCCUCUGUGGUUCCCCAAAGGUGAGAAAAGGAGCCUGAAAAAGGACACCUCAUAGCAGACUGGGCAGAACCAGAACAACCUGCACUUCUGCCAAGUCCAGAGGCAGCCUGAUGGCAAGAUUCCAGGGAGGGGUGCGGCCUGCGGCUCAUCCCCAACCAGGGCUGCUGCCUGGAAUUGCACCAUUUCCGUUUCAUUCCUCUGCUAGAGGCUUUAUCCCAAGUGAAAUGCAGGUGCACCAGGGAGGGAGAACACAGAAGCCUCCUCUGUCGGCAGGAGUUUCAGACCCUAUCCUGGCAGCGGGGUUUGAAAGGAACAUGGGGCCAUGGGGCAACUGAAGGAGACACAACUACAAACUGUACCUACUUCACAACUUUGGAAACUCAGCCUUGGAUUCAGCCCACCUGGGUUCAAAUUCCGGACUUAGUACUUAAAAGCCAUGUGACUUCAAGCAAAUGAAUCACUCAAAAUCUCAGUUUCCUCAUCUGUGUCAUGGGGAUAAUAACACUGACCUCACAGGGUUGUGGCGAGGAUGAAAUUAAAUAAUGCCGGCAAAGUGUUUCAUAGCGCCUGGCUCAUGGGCAGUG